AAUGUUUGUUUAAUUAGAUGGGACUAGCUAAGCAAACACAAUAGUUGUAGUGCAGUGAGGUCUCUAUUAUAGUCACAAGUGUGUCUACUCUCACCGCUACACAAUACUAACCAGCACUCGAGACUGACUGGAGCAAGAAGCGUACAGAUACAGCUACUAGGAGUGUAGGAGAGAGCCAUCAUGCCUGAGACAUCACGAGAGUUCACUGUGUCCCUACUGGAUGACACUAACUUCACAGUACCCGUCAAGCCUAACCUGCUGGGUAGUGAGUUGCUGGACAUGGCUGCCUCUCAUAUGAAGGUCAAAGAGAAGGAAUAUUUUGGACUCUAUACGGAAGGGGAAGGGUACAAGAACUGGAUAGAACUGGACAAACCUGUUCUUGAUCCCUCACAAGACAUACUCAAGGGAUCCUCUCCUGUUAAAGUGUUCUUUGCUUUCAAAUACUUUGUUGAUGAUACUCGUGCUCUGGGAGAUCACAUGACAGUGGAGUUACUAUAUCUGCAGUCAAGAAUGGCUGUUGUCAAGGGUGACAUACUGACUGAUGAGGCUACACUGUUUGAGCUGGCUGCUUGUGCUAUGCAAGCACAGUAUGGUGACUACAGGAGUGAACAAGAGGCUAGAGCUCAGUUGAACCAUUUCCCUGUACUGCCAGCCUUCACCUUCAAGGGUCAGAGUGUACAGUAUUGUGAAGGGGAAGUGAUUCAUUAUUACUCUAUGAUGAGAACACUAUCGCGUGGAGAAGCCAUUCUCAAGUACCUCGAGAUCAUACUCUCUCUACCGAUGUACUCUGUGCACUUCUUUGAUGUCAAGGACAAGAAGGAUAAUCCACUCUGGCUGGGGGUAGGACCAGACGGUAUCUGUCAGUGUCACCAUGACGAUAGGAACGAAGCUGAUUUGAGGUUCCAGUGGCUGCAAUUGCAGAACAUUUAUUACAGGGACAGGAAGUUCUCAAUGGAGGUCUAUCAGAGUGCAAGACCUGGCAAGAAGAUGGGACUAGGUCCAGUCUCUAUAUACGCUUGGUAUGCUCUCAACUCUAAGGUUGUCAUGGCAAUAUGGAAGAUGGCACGUGAUCAGCACAUGUUCUACCGCUCUCAGAGAACCAAUCGAAGCGCUAUGAUGACAAACCUGACUGAUAUUAUUCGCCACUUGAACAAACUUCAUCGCUCCAAUAUCUCACCAAGUAGUAGCCACUCGAGCCUUAGUGUCGAGUCAGCAAAGUCCAACCAGGCACAAGCGUCAGCAGAGGCAGUAGCUGCUGCUAAAGCUGCUCAGCAAGGCAUGUACACUGCAUUGCUAGCAAAGAGACAAACACUGGUGGGAGAGUUUGAGAGUAAAGCAGCUCGUUACAAGGAAAUACUCAUCAAGGAAAUGCAAAUCACGGGGAUUCCCCCUGAAGGCCUCACAGCAGAGGAGAUUGAAAAGAUGCGCAAGAAGUUUGGAGUUAGUUUCAAGUUCUCAAAGUUUGUGUUGGGGGACAAUAAUAUGACCGAUGAGAACGAAGUUGAACAACUUGAGAAACAACUUGAGAUUCAAUCAUCGAUUAUUGAGGCUUCCAGAACACUGCUCACACAGGCGAACUCACGGAAGCUGAAAAAGGACAGAAAAAAAGAGAUUAAAGAAAUGGAAACCAGAUUCCAGCGUCUGGAACAGAGGUUGCAUGACAUGAAACGCUCUUCUACUGGAUCAUCAAAGUUUCAUGUGGAGUCUCCCACUUCCUCUACCCUAACAAUCCCAGGCUCCGCCCCCUCCAUACGGAGACGCAGUGGUACUCCAGGAGGAGCUAGUAUCGAUGACACAUUUCUGGCCAAUAUGAUAUUCGACACUCCCAACAAAUCAGCCAAUACGAGCUCUAGUCUGCAAAAGUCACCCCAUCACAAAAGCACCUCUGCACUCAAUGAUGUCACCGCCCCCGCACCCCACACAGCCUCACACCCUCACACAUCACACCCACACUCGGCUGCUUUCCCCAAUCCUUCCUUUGCCUCUGAGUUUGAAUCUCCCUCUUAUUUGGCUAAUCUCACGUCAGGAUUCGCUGAUGAAUUUGACUCCUCCCCCAACGCAAGUAUUGUGAGCGGCCAAUCAAAUGUAUUCUCCAAGUCCGGCAGUCGUCAUAGCAACCAAGCACUGAGAGACUUUGACCUUACGGAGGAUAUUCUGCAGCACUUUUCCAUGAAUGAGACUCCUGUCCAUCGCCAUGCAAACCCGAAGCCUGCGUACAAUAGUCCAGUUAAGGACGUGGAUAUACCAGCCACCUCUUCUCCUGUGACACGCUACAAGAGAUCCUCUUCUCCAGCCAUGAUUAUCACAGACAGGACUCGCUAUAGAUCCACUAGUCCAUUGGAGGAAGCGGCACAUUCGUACCAUCCCCCGUCACACCUCCACCGUCCGCCCCCUCCACCCACACACCAGGCACGGCAACCACCUCCCGUACAGAAGCUGUUGUAUGAUAAUGAAGCUGGUAUGAAGCACAACGGGCCUACACCACCUCCUACACAAGGAGGGUCUAGGAUACCAGUGCCAGUGGGAGGAAGUGGCUCUAGGAUACCAGUGCCAGUGGGAGCACGCCCAAGCAACCCAGAGAGCUAUGAUCUCCAUGAGAUGUUGAAGGUGUGGGAGAACAGCAAUAAGAACCCUUUCGGUGAAGGAACACUGGUUUAAUAAAAACAAUAAUUAUAAUUAUUAUGUGUUAGAUAAUAAUAUUAUAGCUUGUAAUUUAUUUAGUAUUUCAUUAAUGCCCUCAAUUCAACCUCUGUAUGUUCUGUGAUCUAUAUACACUCAAUAAUUAAUAA